AUUUCGGCCAAGGCACACCAAGAGAACCAGGAGACCUCUGCAAACUCAUCUUCCAUAGCCAAAAUUCGAGCUCAAGCCAUAGGGUUCCAAGAAGGAAGAUUAAAGAGGGAAAAAGUUGGGAAAAGUGUGAAUAAUUAAGGCACUUGUAAAGGGUAUUUCAAGUGGUUUCAAAAAGUUGGAAAAGUCGCUGGAGUUGUCGCCGGAGUUGACCAAAAGUCGCCGGAGUUUCACCGGAGUUCAACCAAGAAGGGUAGAACUUCAUAACGCUAGUUCAAGGUUGAAGCUAGGGCUUGCUACCUGCACCUUCCUACGGGUGACAUCAAAUCAAGGAAGACGUGCUGAGCAGUUCUAUGGACGAUGAGAUGAACUCAUGAACUCAGGAAAAACUGAACUUCUCCCCAUCAAUUCGCAGUUGUGGUUCGCAUAGGCAUCAAUCUUGCCGUCAGAGAUACGCACAGCAGUGGUCCGUAUGCUGUAAUUACAACGGGAAAUCAGUGAGACUCUUAUUGAAAGAUAAUAAGCUAUGAAGAGGUCCAGAUCUUCCUUAACUUCCAAGGGAUCAACUGCUUCUAAUAAGCUGAACACAACAACAUCUGAUUGUGAGGGGGCUGGCCAGGAUGAUAGUGUUAAUGAAACACCGUCAUCUAAUCCUCAUGUACCAGCAAAGGACUCAGACAGAUCUGACAAUAAUUUGAGUGGGAAUGUUAGUGAAACCAUAGACUUGGGUGGAAUGACGGAGGAAGAGUACUUGGAAUCAUUGAAAAAAAAUGAGAGGGCAGCAAUCUGGGGGCAUUUCACGAGGAGAUUUGAGCUUGGUAAGAUUAAAGCUUUUUGUCAUUAUUGCAAGCAUAAGGGUUUUGCAGCUCACCCAAAAAUAAAUGGUACAACUGCAUUGAUAAAUCAUUUGGAAAAAUGCAAUGAGUACCCUCCAAAUAAAGAACUGCGGAGUAAAAGACAAAAAGUGUUUACUUAUGGCAAGUCCAAGGAUUUAGUUGUUAUAGGAUGUACUCAAGAAGAAAUUACUAAGGCAUGUGUUCAAAUGGUAGUUCUAGAUGAGUUGCCUUUUAGUCACGUAGAAGGAGAAGGCUUUCGCUAUUUUUGUAGGGUUGCAUGCCCUCACUGGAAAGUUCCUAGUCGUAAAACUAUUGCUAGAGAUGUGCUUAAUCUGUUUUAUUCAGAAAAGACUAAACUGAAAAGUGAUUUGAGUUCAUAUAGGGUGUGUCUCACAACAGAUACUUGGACCUCGAUCCAAAACAUUAACUACAUGGUACUCACAGCUCAUUUUAUUGAUCGUAAUUGGAUGUUGCAUAAGAGAAUUUUGAAUUUUUGUGUGAUUCCAAACCACAAGGGUGAAUCUGUUGCUAAACUUUUGGAGGAAUGUUUAGUAGAGUGGGGUAUAGAAAAGAUUUUAACUAUUACCGUUGAUAAUGCUUCUUCUAAUGAUGUUGGGUUGAAAGAUUUGAUCAAGAGAAUAAGUUCUUGGAGAGUUGAAAAUGUACUUUUGCAUGAGGGAAAAAACUUGCAUAUGAGAUGUGUUGCUCAUAUCUUGAACUUGAUCGUGAAUGAUGGAUUAGGAUUGUUGAAUAAAUGCAUUCAAAGCAUCCGUAAUGCUGUUAGAUAUGCAAGAUCUUCUCCCCAAAGGUUAGAAAUGUUUAGGAAUUGUGUGGAAAGAGUUAAAAUAGAGAGUAAAGGGCUUGUGAUCAUGGACGUCCCUACUAGGUGGAAUUCUACAUUUCUAAUGUUACAAGCUGCUUUGAAGUUUCGCAAGGCUUUUGACAGGUUGAUAGAGGAUGACGGUCAUUAUCUUGGAUAUUUUAUUGGAGAAAAACAAGAAAAGAUAAGAGAAGGGCCUCCAUUUGAUGAUGAUUGGCAGAAGGCCGAAGUGUUUGCUAAUUUCUUGAGACCUUUCUAUGAAGUUACUUUGAAGGUAUGUUGUUCAAACACACCAACUGUUCAUACUGUUUUUGGAGACUUGGUUAAAAUUCAAGGUUUGUUAAAAGAAACCGGAAGUUCACUGCUAUCUUCUAUUUCAACACCCAUGCAAGCUAAAUAUGAUAAGUAUUGGGGAAGUAUAGAUAAGGUGAAUGAAUACUUGUUGGUUGCUAUGGUUCUUGAUCCACGUCAUAAACUGGAAAAAGUUGAAGAUUAUUUGGAAUUGAUUCAUGGGGAGGGUGAUAAAAGGGUUGAACCUGCCAUUGCUAGUGUGAAAGCAUUUUUAUAUGAUCUUCAGAGUAUGUAUAUGAGCAGUGCUUCUUUGUCUUCCCAAAUAUCACAAUCAAGUGUUGGGGACGAUGUUAAUACUUCCACGGUGGCAGUGGUGAACACUCCAUCAACCAUGACGCAAGUUGAAAUUAAAUUGGCAGAAAAAGAGCAACGAAGAAGAGCUAAAAAAGCUGGUAGUAUCAAUAAUGAUGUUGAUAGGUAUCUGUUAGAUUCCAUUGAAGGGGAUGACAAUUCUGAUUUUGACAUCCUCAAUUGGUGGAGAGUAAAUGGGGUUUGUAAAUACCCCAUUUUGGCAUAUAUUGCUAGAGAUAUUCUUGCAAUUCCAGUGUCUACAAUUGCUUCUGAGUCAUGUUUUAGCACUAGUGGUCGGGUAAUCGAUCCAUUCCGUAGCUCACUAAGUCCCAAAAUGGUUGAAGCAUUGAUUUGUACACAAAAUUGGCUUACGAGUACUCAUGUUGCAUUACAUCAUGAGCCAACCAUUGAAGAGAUGGAAUUUUGUGAAGAAAUUGAGAAAGAACUUUUAAGUGGACAAAGAGCAGAGAGUACCAAGUUGCCUCCCAGGACUAGGAAGUAGAAUCAAGUGGAUUGGAGACUUGGAGCAUGGAUUUUUUUGGAGUUCAAAGUGUGGACUGAUUCGCAAUUGAAGACUGAAAAUGUUUCAGUUAUCUUGUAUCAUCUGCACUUAUUUUGGUUGAAAAAUAUGUUUCUUCUGUUGUUUGGUACUUUGCAGUUUGGAAGGGUGGAAUGGGAGCUCAUGACUCAUGUUUUUACUGUUUUUUUAUCUACUGAUUCUCAGUACUAAUUGUUCCUGAAGUUCUGAGUUUCUUGAAGGUUUUUAAGGGUUGAAAUGCUGAAAUUUGCACUAGGUUUUUAAUUCUGA